AUGUUUACAGUAGUGGUUACCACAGGAGCAACUGUCACCUUUACGUCAUUAAUUGAGAAAAUUGUUGAUGCUAAAUUUAUUCAGGAAUUAAAGAAUAUCAAAGUGACAAAGUUAAUAAUACAAUUCGGAAAUGAAGUAGUGGAUUCCAUACAUAUAAGUGAACUCUUCUUUAGUAAACAAAUUAGAGAGAAGAAUAUAUUAGAAACAUUGCAACUAUCAGAUACAGAAAAUGGAAGGGUCAAAUCAGAGGUAAAACAUUAUAGUUCGAGUACAUUUGAAAUCAUUGCAUUUCCUUAUUCUCGAAAUAUAGAUGAAUACAUCCAACAAGCAGAUGUCGUAAUCACUCAUGCAGGUACAGGGUCUAUUAUAGAUACAUUAAGAAACCACAAGAAGUUGAUGGUAGUUGUUAAUGAUAAAUUAAUGGAUAACCAUCAAUUAGAAAUUGCCAAUGAAUUUUCAAAACUCGAGCAUUGUUUGAGUUAUCAAGUUAAUGAAGUAAAUGAUAGCGGGUUUAUCAAUGACUUGAAACAAUUGCUUAAUAAUGAGAUCAAAUUAGAACCCCUCGCUGACAAUGAUGGGAAUGUUAUGGAAGCAAUCAUUUAUGAUGAAUUAAUGAAGUAG